AUGGUCGCUGAUACCACUUAUUACGACGCCUUGGGCGUCGCGCCGACUGCUACCGAGCUUGAGAUCAAGAAGGCUUACCGCAAGCUUGCGAUCACCACUCAUCCCGACAAGAAUCCCGGUGACGAGACCGCACAUGAACGGUUCCAGGCGAUCGGCGAAGCCUACCAAGUUCUCAGCAAUGAAGACCUACGAAAGCGAUAUGAUAAAUUCGGCAAAGAGGAGUCUGUCCCCGGUGGAGGUUUCGGUUCGUCGACCUUGCGGAUGGUUCCGGCAAGCACAGAGGACCCGUCUGAAUUCUUCAGCAUGAUUUUCGGCGGCGAGGCGUUCGUUGACCUCAUCGGCGAGAUUUCUCUUAUGAAAGACCUGACUGCGACCAUGGAUAUCACGAUGGAACAGAUGGAAGAGGAGGAGCUCGCCGCGUCGGCCGAAGAGAAGCUCAACAUUCAUGACGAGGAGGUAAAGGCUGCGAGCGCAGAACACGCGAACACCGAGGGAGCCGCCGCCGAUCUUGGGAAGGCUCAGGCUCAAGCUUCCACAGCCUCUGGCCAGAGCUCGGGUGCCAGCACGCCCCGACGAUACAUGGGCCAACAAGCUCUCAUGGACAAGUCUGAGGAGGAGGCGCGCAUGGAGGCAGCUGGUCUGUCGCAGGAGGAGAAGGAGCUGCGCAAGAAGGAGAAGAAGAAGGGCCUGUCCAAGGAGCAGCAGCAGCGCCUUAACGCAUUUGAGGAGGAGCGGAGAAAGGCCCGCGAGGAGCGUGUCAACACCCUAGCUAACAAGCUGGUUGAUCGCCUGAGUGUCUGGACCGAGACCGACAAGGGCAAGGAUGUUACGCAUGCUUUUGAGGAGAAGAUUCGUCUGGAGGUUGAGAACCUGAAGAUGGAGUCCUUCGGUUUGGAGAUCCUGCACGCCGUCGGUGCCACAUACACGCAAAAGGGUACUUCUUUCCUCAAAUCGCAGAAGUUCCUCGGUAUUUCCGGCUUCUUCUCGCGUCUGAAGGACAAGGGCACUCUCGCCAAGGAGACCUGGACCACCAUUUCCACCGCCAUUGACGCUCAGAUGACCAUGGAGGAAAUGGCCAAACUGGAAGAGCGCGGCGGCGAGGAUUGGACGGACGAGAAGAAGGCAGAAUAUGAGAAGAAGGUGACCGGCAAAAUUCUCGCUGCCGCUUGGCGUGGCAGCAAAUUUGAAAUCCAGAGUGUCCUGCGAGAGGUUUGUGAUCAGGUCCUGGGCGACAAGCGAAUUCGUCUGGAGAAGCGCGUCGAGCGCGCUCAUGCGCUGGUCAUCGCAGGAAACAUCUACGCUAAGGCUGCACGCGAUCCCGAAGAGGAGGGUGACUACAUGGCAUUUGAACAAUUGAUGGCUGAGGCUAUGUCAAAGAAGGGCAAGGACGAGAAGAAGAAGGAAAAGAAGAAGUCCAAGCACGGCCACCACGACUCCGAGGAGCAUGAGCACACCGAGGAGCGGCCUACUGCUUGA